UUGUGUGGAGAGCAGAAGCACUGUGCAGUCCUUGACUCUCUGUUCAGGUGCUGAUUGAUAUCGAGCUCCAGAUCAAGACGAGGAACAUAGCAGUAUAAGUGAAGGUGAAAACUUGAGAAGGGAUGGCCUUGGCCAACAUCACGGAGGAUGACUUUACUGAACUGAUGCAUGAGGAGGCAGAGGAUGUCUUCAGUGAUGGAGUUUCCUCCCGCUUCCCAGAGAUCAUGGCGGCUGGCACACACUCUCCUGGAGGGCCCAGUGGAAUCAUCCGGAGUCAGUCGUUUGCUGGCUUCAGCACGCUGCAGGAGAAACGCUCACGGUGUAACUCAUUCAUAGGGAACUCAGGAGUACAGAAGAAGUCACUCACAAAGCCCAAGAAGCCCCAUCUGUGUGGGCACAAAUCCAGCAGCAGCUCCUCACAUGAACCACAGCCGAAGAGAGUGGAGGUGGUGUAUGGAGCCCUGAAACAGGGCCUGGAUGAGUAUUUGGAAGUGCACCAGACAGAGCUGGACAAACUCACCUCUCUCAUGAAGGACAUGAAGAGGAACUCCAGACUGGGAGUGCUGUAUGAUCUUGACAAGCAAAUUAAGACAAUUGAGAGAUAUAUACGACGCCUGGAGUUUCACAUAAGUAAGGUGGAUGAGUUGUAUGAGGGCUUCUGUAUUCAGAGGAGGCUGCGAGACGGUGCCAGUAAAAUGAAGCAAGCUUUCACCGCUUCACCUUCUACUAAAGGGACUCGAGAGAGCCUGACUGAGGUCAACCGCCGCUACAAAGAGUACACAGAGAACAUGAGUACUUUUGAGGGGGAGCUGGAGAACCUGUUGGGGGAAUUCCAUAUCAAAAUGAAAGGUUUGGCUGGCUUUGCAAGGCUUUGUCCAGGAGAUCAGUAUGAGAUUUUCAUGCGGUAUGGACGGCAGCGCUGGAAGCUGAAAGGGAAGAUUGAGGCAAACUCCAGGCAGAGCUGGGAUGGAGAAGAGAUGAUCUUCAUGCCUCUAAUCACGGAUCUCAUCUCCAUAAAGGUAACCGAGCUGAAGGGACUUGCCACUCAUGUCCUGGUGGGUAGUGUGAUCUGUGAGACCAAGGACCUAUUCACUGCCAUGCCUCAGGUGGUGGCUGUGGAUGUCAAUGACCUGGGCACCAUCAAACUGAACCUGGAGGUCACCUGGUUUCCAUUUGAUGUGGAGGACCUGACCCUGUCCUCAGGUAACGUGAGCAAAGCUGCUGCCCUGCAGAGACGAGUGUCGGUGUACAGCCAGGGCACGCCUGAGACUCCCACCUUCCAAGAUACAACAUUCUUUUCCACGUUGCCUGAUGACGUUUUCGAAAAUGGCAGUUGUGGUGUAGCUGACUGCAAGCGCUUGUCCUUCAGCUUCUCCGAUAUGCCAGCCUCUAGCCCAGUUCCUGGCCAGUCACAUCCUGAAAUCACCGUAACGCCUCCUGAAAGUGACCAACAACCUCAGCUUCCUACUUUAGACGAUCAGCCUGGUGAGGAGGAGGAGGAUGGUGAGGAGGAGGAAGAGAGCACCAGUGUAAGUGCCAGCCUUGCGAGCGCCAGUGAGGCAGAAUCGGAGCGCGAGUGGGAGCGAGUGGAGUGUCAGCAUGGGUAUGAAUCCACAGCACCCUCGAUCUCCUCAGAAGGCCAGGUCUCAGCUGUGGGGCCUGAGGAUGUGGUAUUUCUGGAAUCUGGUAGCCAUGACGAGAGCUCAGAGCUGAAGCCAGUGGAGCUAGAUGGGGAAGAGGGCAGUUUGACCAGGCAGCUAGUGAAAAGGCUCACUUCCUCUGAUAUUCUGCCUGAACCAGCUGCUCUGAGCUGGGCUGGAGAGAGCAGCCUUGAGGAGGCCAUCCACAGCCUGCUGAUGAAGCUGGAGAAUGUGGCCCAGCGCUGUCGAGAGCUUCAGGACCUCGAACAGGAAGUGAUGAAGCUGGAGGACCUGCUCAAGUGUCGGGGUCCUGCUCACAGGAGUCGCUCGUCCAGUCUCAGCUUGACUGUGGAGAGUGCUCUAGAGAGUUUUGACUUCCUCAACACCUCAGACUUUGAUGAUGAGGACACUGGGGAUGACCACGCUGCCGUCUCACGCUCUGUAUUCUUCGACAUGGAGACUGAGAGGAUUGGGCCAAGUCAACAUCCAGAGGCCCGUGGUCAUCUGAGUGAAGCCCUGACAGAGGACACCGGUGUGGGUAACAGUGUGGCGGGGAGCCCCCUGCCACUCAGCACAGGCAAUGACAGUCUGGAUAUGGCUAUUGUCAUUCAUUUGCAAUACUGCAUCCAUCUCAUUCAGAUGUUGACUUCAGGAGGAAGCACGUGGCAGCAUAAGGCCUCUUUGCACAACCUCUCUGUCCAAAUUGCAUUGCUGGAGGAGUUAACAGAGAACAGCAUAGAGUGGCUGGGAGGCAUCAGCUCAGCUGCUCAGGUGCUGCCUGGGUUUGCAGAGCGCUCAGCAUUGCUGUCCCUGUGGUGUGAGUGCACUGGUUCUGGAGGCCUGUUUCACUGUACAGUGGAGCGAGUCCUCAAACACAUGCAGCAGCGCUUCACUGCACCACUGCAGGAGAGUCACCCUCACAGCACAGACUUGGUGAUCAGACUGGUGGUGACGGAGAUGAUUGACAGGAAUGAGCUCCCCUCCACCCCUUCCUUUCUAUCACAAGAUGUUUUGACAGUGUUCCAGUUUUACAGCUACGCAACCAAGCACAAUAUCACAGACAUGGAGCAACACCUGCUGGAGGUGGCCAGAGAGGCUGCGUUUGCGGAGCGUCUGAGCUCUGCCGAUGCCGAGUGCUCUGUGAAGGAGUUGCAGGAAAUGCCCAUCACUGCCCUCCAGCCUCGUACACACACACUGCGUGUUCUUGCUGGCCUCCUGACCUCUGAUGACCCUGACCUCAGUAAAGCAGCCUCUGUCUUUCUCUCUAAUGCUGCCUCACAUCCACUUUUUAGGUCAAAGGCAGUGCACUGCUACACACAAGCCUUAUCAGAAGCAGGCGUACACGCACAGAGAGCUGCUUGUGUUGCUCUGAGCUGUCUGCAGGCUGUGGAGAGCAUCAAAGCAGUUGUGGUGCUGUGUGACUCUGCUGAUGAGGAGCUCUGCCAUAUUGCCAUCCAGACCCUCCUCACAUUCGGUGAGGAGGGUCGGCUGGCAUAUGAGCAGUUAGACACAGUGCCAAGGGAGAUGGUGCGACUGGGUACGCGUCGUGGCACUGCUGUCUCCACUGCCUUCUGAGAGCAGCAAGUUCAAAAUCCCACAUUAACAUUACUGUGUCCAACUGUCCCACUUCUCUGGGGCAUAAGAGUCUCUAGGCAUUAAGAACUGAGGUGCUGUUCCUCAUAAAGCCACUCUGUACCAGGGCCUGAUGCACAGAUCAGUUCUAGCAGUAGUUACCAUUUUUAUAAUCACUCACAUUUGAUUUUGUUUUUGACUACCAUUUAAUUAUUGGUUGGUACUAGUUGAGGUUCCUGAAUUUGCACUUGUCAGAAGCAUGUACAUAGAGCACAUAAUUGUCGUAUUUUGUGGCAUAUCCUACCUGAACUACCUGAGACUUGUGCUUUUCAGCUUCAGGGAUUCUGAGGGACUUGUUUAAUCUAACCCUCAUCAUUACUCGGAGUGUAUAUGUGAGUAAAGAAGUCCUAACUGUAGGCCUCAUUGGACAGGGUUAAGUUUGGCUCUACACCAUGUGGAUGCUAAUAACAGAAGCACAUACCUGUUUAUCCAGACCUCGCAUAACAUUCGCUUUGCUUUGCAGUGCCACCAAUCAGCUUCACACAAAGCUCUCAAAGCUGACAUGGUGGUCUGCCACUAGUGACUGAAGAGGCAAGCUUCUUCAGUCUUAUCCUGCAGAUCAAGUAUUGCAUUAAUAUGGUACGAAUACUCUGGUGAAUGGCAAGAACAGAUAGAUGUGUGCGUGUGUAUGUUAAAAUGCACUUUUUUUUGGUAUCUCAAGUAAGAAGUCUUAAUGGAUUUACUGUGAAUUUGGUGUUAAGCUUCAAUGAAGACUGAAAGUACAGUGCUCUGUAAUCCAACUCGCUUCUGUGCCUAGUGUAACUGUACUACUGAGUCGCAUUUUUAACUGUGACAACUCAUCUUUUCAUCACUUUAUUUAUUUUAUUACAUCGUGUAUCUUUUUUUCCCAUUUUAAUCACAAAAUUGUGCUGUAUCCACAUGUUAAAUGCUUUAUUGUCUAUGCUAAGCCCAUUUGUGAUUUACUCCCUGCAACCACUCCACACCGUCAUAAUGUAAUGUGUUGAUACUGUACUUUUAAGUUGUUUUACUGAUGACUGGAUAUCUUAUUGUCUUUAUGAGAGUACUGGAGUACUAAUGUGCUUAGUAAGCACUGAAAAUGUUUGUUUUUAGUGUUUAUAUUAGCCAGUUAUUUUGUUAUCAGUUACUUACUUCACAAAUUUCUAAAGCCAUAGUUUACACAAGAACAAUAUAUGACUGGUUUGUUUUGUAAUCUGUAUCACAGAGCUUUGAAAGGAUGGCCUAUUUUUCUGUAUUAGAUUUUUUUUUCUUCCAUUUUUCAUUUGAUCAGAGUUAUUCUCAUCUCCACAGUAUUUUUGGACUUUGCCAUCAAGGAAACCACUUUACCACCAGUCUCCAAGGGAUUUUUUUUUUUUUUUGUACAUAGUUCAUGCGAGUUGUGUAAUGAACAUUUGGUGUGCUUUAUUCAAAUCCAGGCUUACACGUACACCUAGAUUCAUUUUUACAUUUUCAGCUAACACACUCCUGAGAUCCUGUUAAAUAUUUUAGUAUUAUUUUUCAUAACUGGUUUGAGAUGAAUACAUUUUAGUUAUCAGGGUAGGGGAGUGCUUUAGCACAACUUGGAUUUGAAUGAAUGCAGCAAUCUGGCUCUCAAACCUAUUGUAUAAUAUCUCCAUUCAGUUUUUUUCUUUGUGUUUAUAAUAUUCCUUUGUCUGUUGCAAUAAAAUUUUAUUUUUGGAUAAUGUUA